AGGCCACCCCUCGAAAGUGGACUAUUCCAAACCCUCCCGCCUGUAUUUGUGAUUUGGACUGUUCCAAAAACUUUCCGCACUGUGGAAAACAAAACGGUAUUGAGGAUGGAUGUGUGGAUGUGCUUAUAGUCAAUAGUUGAUAAGUUAAAGUAGUUAGAAGUGCACCCGUUUAGAGAUUGUGUGGAUAUAUGUGUGCGUGCAACUAAUCAACCACACACAUCUUUGCACAAUAAAUCCCCCUGAAGUACAUCCUGGUGUGAGACUUAAUGUUCUAACCGGACAUCCUGUAGCCGUUCAAUGAAUCCGAACCUGAGUUAGACAAGAGUAGUGAGCAGUUUUUUCAUGGUCCUUCGAGCCGGAGGUGUGGAUUGCUACAGACAUGUCUCACCCAGAGAGAGAAGCCCCUGCUGUGCGACCAAGGAGACGAGUUAACCCCCCUGUUUACUUAGAAGACUUUGAGCUCAGUGGACCUGGGUCUCAUCGACAGCAAUCACGGUCGCUUACCAGCCAGGGAGAACUGGAGGAUGAACCAGCAAGUACAACAGGUCAUUCCAGAUCCACUUCACCAGUGAGCCAAGCAUCAGAACAUUCUCAAUGGAUAUUGACCGACCAAUGGGACAGCAUCACUGAAAGGCUGAGAGAGGAGAAUGCUGCAUUGCAAAGGCAAGUGGAACAGUUGCCAGAGCUUACAGCCAUGAUGGAGGAGAUGAAGCGGGAGAACGCAGCCUUGCAACGACAAGCCAGCCAGCUCCCUGAGAUCAUCUCAGCAGUCCAACAGAUGCGUCAACAGAAUGCUGCACUUUAUCAAGAGCUUCAAAACUUGAAAUCGGAGCGGAAAUCUCCACCUAAGCCAGUCACUCCACCAAUGCCAUCACCACGUUCUUACUCACGAGCAGUCAACAUCCAGACUCCACAGCUGUACCGUCCAAUACCAGCUCCCCGCUCCAGGCUGCCACCCCCUGUCACUAAGAAACAGCCAUAUUCAGCUGUGCCAGAGGAAAGCUCAGAGCUGACUGAAGAUCUGAGAAACAUGAACAUUUCUUCUUCCUCACAUGAGAAACCCCCUUUUUCUGCACAAUACAGCGACUUGCCGCAGUUAAAGUAUUCAGAUCGUUCCCCGUAUUCCCUGCCACGUCAGCUGCCUGAGUUUAUGGUCCCAACACAGGACCAGAGGAGGCCAGCCUAUGCAGAAUACAGCUCAGAUCAUCUCUUACCCUCAUCUACACAGGAGAAAAUCUACAGAGGUCCAGCCCCUACCAUCCCUUGCCUGACAUCUCCCGACCCUAGGGAGUUUUCAAGACUGAGAAUUGCUUUAGAGAACAUGCUGCCAGAUGAUGUCACAGAACGAUUCAAGUUCCAAAUCCUCACAGACCAUCUGAAACUGGAGGAGGCCCUCUUGGUGGCAGACUCUUACAGCAAUUCCAGGUUUCCCUUCUCCAACACCAUGAAAGCCCUUAAUAAGAUGUAUGGUCAACCCCACCAAUUAGCCCUACAACGAAUCGCGGAGCUGAUGGAUGGUGCUAACAUACGCAGCGGAGAUGUGAAAGCAUUCAGGAUGUUUGGACUGCAGGUGCGCUCACUUGUCAGUAUGUUGCAGCAACUGGGCCACAAAGGUACUGUAGAGUUGGAAUGUGGAUCACAUGUGUCUCGGCUCCUAAGUAAACUGCCACAUGACCUCAGAUCGAGUUUCAAGCGGUACACCCACCCUUUACAAGUUACCAUUCCUACUUUGCUGGACUUUGCUGAUUGGCUGGAAUAUGAGCUUCAAGUACAGGAAGACACUCACCAGUAUGCUUGCCACCCAAGGCAGGAAUCUUCAGUGCGUGGCAGAGAGAUAAAAAGAGAGUCUAGGCAGCUGCGGAAACCGACAACCAUUCUACUUGGUACUGAGAAGUCGUCAUCCACACCAACGUGAAGAGAAGGUGAGAGCUUAUUGUCCAUACUGUGACAACAAUAAACAUUAUUUGAAUGGCUGUGACAACUUCAAGCUCCUCAGCAAAGAUCAGAAGAUAGACUGGAUUAAGACAAAGAAUCGUUGCUGGCGUUGUGGUCGUGGACAUCAAGCAGCUAACUGCACGCUAAAGACUCUCUGCCCAACCUGCAACAGAAAGCACCUUUUGGUACUGCAUGACGUCAAUGACCAAGGUAAACCAUCUCAGCAGAAUGCAGCUCCUUCCAGUGCAGUUUUGUAUGUUGAUCGCCCAACCUCUGGCAGUAAAGUGCUGCUCAAAGUGACUAAGGU